AUGGCGGUUACAGACUUUUUCGCCGGCGAGAUCGCCACCGAACUCCUCAAGCAGCUCAUCGCCAUCUCCCGCAAAUCCGCCGCCUGCCGUUCGAGCGCCGAGCAGCUUAUUAAGUACAUCGGGGAACUUCUCCCUAUCAUCCAGGAGAUCAAGCUCACCGGGAACGAGCUCCCGCAGCAUCGCCAGCGCCAGCUGGACCACUUUUCCGAGACACUUUCUGGCGGCCUCGAGUUGGCGAACAAAGUCCUCAACUCUCCCCGUUGGAACGUCUUCCGGAAUCUUCGAUUGGCCAAGAAGAUGGAAAAAUUGGAGAAAAACGUCUCUAGAUUCAUGAACUGUCACGUCCAGGCGCACGUGCUUGCUGAUGUGCAUCACGUGAGGGUGGAUACGGCGGAGAGGUUUGAUCGGCUCGAGUGGCGGCUUGGGGCGAUGAAAAUCGGCGUGGACGGCGAAGGUGGGUGGCUGGGGGCGGCGGUGAAGAGGGUGGAGGAGGAAGAACGGUGGUGCGAGGACAAUUUCGUAAAUUUAGGUGGAAGUGGACUGGAACUGGGGAAAUUGAAGGUAAAGGAGAUGUUGAUGUUGAAGAAGGAUGGGAAGGAAUCCAGUGUAGUUGGGAUACACGGGAUCGGAGGCAUUGGAAAAACAUUGCUCGCUAGAGAAAUUUGCAAAGAUAAUGAAAUUAAGAGUUAUUUCAACAACAAGGUCUUUUUUCUCACGGUUUCCCAAUCGCCAAAUGUGGAGCAAUUGAGGUCGAAAAUAUGGGGAAUGGUAUCAGGGAAUACUAUUGUGGGUCAUGCACACAGGUUUCCUCAAAUAAACCUAGGAUACAGUGUGGAAAGCUCUGCAAGAGCCCUUUUGGUUCUUGAUGAUGUUUGGACACAAUCUGUUCUUGAGCAGCUUCUGAUCAAGGUUCCUGGAUGCAAGAUCUUGGUAGUUUCGCGGUUCAAAUUCCCUCCGUCGGUCGUUGAUUGCUCCUAUGAAUUGGAUCUGUUGAAUGAGAAUGAGGCAGUGUCCUUGUUCUGCCACUAUGCUUUUGAUCAAACUUCCAUACCUUUUGUUGCUGAUAAGGAAUUGGUUAAGCAGGUAGUGGACGAAUGCAAAAGACUUCCAUUGGCCUUAAAAGUGAUUGGAGCAUCUCUAAAGGGCCAGCCAGAGAUGUUUUGGACAAGCGCCAGAAAUCGUUUGUCUCGAGGACAACUUGUUAGUGAGUCCCAUGAAGUUCAGUUACUCGAACGCAUGAAAUUGAGCAUCGACUAUCUCUCUGAGACGGAAAGAGAAUGCUUCUUGGAUCUGGGUGCUUUCCCAGAAGAUAAACGAAUCCCACUGGACAUACUUAUCAAUAUGUGGGUCGAGCUGCAUGAUAUAGAGGAAGAUGACGCCUUUGCCAUCUUGGUUCAGCUUUCGGACAAGAAUCUCAUUACUUUAGUGAAAGAUCCAAGAGCUGGAGAUAAGUACAGCAGUUACUAUGAGAUUUCAGUUUAUCAGCAUGAUGUGUUGCGAGAUCUCGCCAUGCAUCUGAGCAGUGCUGGUAGUGUAAUCCUACGAAGGAGAUUGCUUAUGCCAAGGAGAGAAGGAGGGCUCCCGAAAGAAUGGGAGAGGAAUGUAGAUGAGCCGUUUAAUGCUCGAGUCAUCUCGCUACAUACGGGCGAAAUGACUGAAAAAGAUUGGCCACAGAUGAACUGCCCAAAAGCGGAAGUCCUCGUCCUGAACUUCUCGUCACCCGAAUACACCCUUCCUCCUUUCCUCCAUAAUAUGCCCAAACUUCGUGCCCUAAUCCUCAUCAACUACAGCUCCUCCAAUGCCACCCUCCACAACACCCCUGUUUUCAGCAGCCUAACUAAUCUGAGGAGCAUCUGGUUUGAAAAAAUAUCACUCCCUCUGCUACCCGACACCACCACACCCUUGGAGAACCUAACAAAAGUCUCCCUUAUCCUAUGCGACAUCAGCAAAAGCGUCAACCGUGCAGGCCCCGACCUGCAUCUCCUUUUCCCCCGUCUUUCCGAACUCACACUAGACCAUUGCAUAAACCUAAUUGAAGUCCCGUCAAGUGUGUGUCAGAUGAAGACACUCAGGAGUUUGAGCGUCACGAAUUGCGAUAGUCUGCAAGAAUUGCUGUUGGAUUUGGGAAAACUUGUUUCAUUGCAAAUAUUGAGGCUGUCCGCGUGUCCGAACCUGAAGAGGCUCCCUUCAGGAGUGGGGAGCCUCGUUUGGCUCAAGUAUUUGGAUGUGUCUCAGUGCGUGAACUUGAGUUGUUUGCCGGAGGAGGUGGGUGGGUGCAGGAGUCUGGAGAAGAUAGAUAUGAGGGAGUGUGUGCAGAUUAGGAGUUUGCCAGCUAGCGUAGGGCUUUUGCCGUGCCUGAGGCGUGUGGUUUGUGAUGAGGAGGUAUGUUGGCUUUGGAAGGACGUCGAGAAGGGCCGUCCGGGGCUUUGUCAGGUUCCACGAGAGUCUUUCACGCUCGAUUGGCUGGCCGAAUGA